GGCCACAUUAGGUGAGCUCUUAGACCCCAUGUCCUCCAGCACUCCUCAUUCUUAAAGAACAACCCUUCUCCUCCCACACCACCCCUCACUACUUCUCCAUCCCCACAGCAACCCCUCCACCCUCUCUCUCCACCCACCAUGGAAGCAAGCGCCGGACUCGUCGCCGGUUCUCACAACCGGAAUGAGCUAGUAGUCAUCCACGGCCACGAAGAGCCCAAGCCUUUGAGGUCUUUGAAUGGUCAGGUCUGUGAGAUAUGCGGCGACGGGAUUGGCCUUACGGUCGAUGGGGAUCUGUUCGUCGCCUGUAAUGAGUGCGGCUUUCCUGUCUGCCGGCCAUGCUAUGAAUAUGAAAGGAGAGAAGGGACACAGCAGUGUCCUCAAUGCAAAACGAGAUACAAGCGUCUCAAAGGGAGCGCGAGGGUUGAGGGAGAUGAUGAUGAAGAAGAUGUGGAUGACAUUGAACAUGAGUUUAACAUUGAUGAUGAGCAGAACAGGAACAAGCACAUUGCAGAAGCAUUGCUUCAUGGGAAGAUGAGCUAUGGAAGAGGCCCAGAUGAUGAGGAAAAUGCCCAAUUCCCACCAGUCAUAGCUGGCAUUCGAUCCCGUCCAGUGAGCGGCGAGUUCCCAAUAUCAAAUCAUGCCCAUGGAGAGCAGAUUUCGUCUUCGCUGCUCAAGCGAGUGCAUCCAUACCCAAUAUCUGAGCCUGGAAGUGCAAGAUGGGAUGAAAAGAGAGAAGGUGGGUGGAAAGAGAGGAUGGAUGAUUGGAAAAUGCAGCAAGGAAAUCUGGGGAAUGAAUUUGAUGAUGCAAAUGACCCGGACAUGAACAUGAUAGAUGAAGCCAGGCAGCCGCUAUCAAGGAAAGUGCCAAUUGCUUCUAGCAAGAUCAACCCUUAUCGGAUGAUCAUCGUGACUAGGCUUCUUGUUUUAGCUCUCUUCCUCCGUUACCGUAUCCUGCACCCUGUGCAAGAUGCAAUUGGGCUCUGGCUAACUUCUAUAAUCUGCGAGAUCUGGUUUGCCUUAUCAUGGAUCCUCGAUCAGUUCCCCAAAUGGUACCCAAUUGAUCGCGAGACUUAUCUCGACCGCCUUUCUCUUAGAUAUGAGAGAGAAGGUGAACCAUCAAUGCUUGCAGCAGUGGAUAUAUUUGUCAGCACUGUGGAUCCCAUGAAGGAACCUCCUCUUGUUACUGCCAAUACAGUUCUAUCAAUCCUGGCCAUGGACUACCCAGUUGAUAAAAUUUCAUGCUACGUUUCUGAUGAUGGAGCUUCUAUGCUCACCUUUGAAUCCCUUUCUGAAACAGCAGAAUUCGCUAGGAAAUGGGUACCCUUCUGCAAGAAAUUUUCCAUAGAGCCUCGAGCUCCUGAGAUGUACUUCUCUCUCAAGAUCGACUAUCUCAAGGACAAAGUGCAGCCAACAUUCGUCAAGGAACGUCGGGCAAUGAAGAGAGAGUAUGAAGAAUUCAAGGUUCGGAUUAAUGCACUCGUUGCAAAAGCUGCAAAGGUUCCUCCUGAGGGUUGGAUUAUGCAAGAUGGGACACCAUGGCCAGGAAACAAUACAAAGGAUCACCCUGGUAUGAUUCAAGUAUUUCUUGGUCACAGUGGAGGUCAUGAUACAGAAGGAAACGAACUCCCUCGCCUCGUUUAUGUCUCCCGUGAGAAAAGGCCUGGUUUUCAGCAUCACAAGAAAGCUGGUGCCAUGAAUGCUCUGAUUCGUGUCUCUGCAGUGCUUACAAAUGCUCCUUUCAUGCUGAACUUGGACUGCGACCAUUACAUAAACAACAGCAAGGCCGCACGGGAAGCUAUGUGCUUCUUAAUGGACCCGCAAGUUGGAAAGAAGGUUUGUUAUGUCCAAUUUCCUCAAAGAUUCGAUGGCAUUGAUAGGAAUGAUCGAUAUGCCAACCGGAACACAGUCUUCUUUGAUAUUAAUAUGAAAGGUCUAGAUGGAAUUCAGGGUCCAGUGUACGUCGGCACUGGAUGUGUUUUCAGAAGACAAGCUUUAUACGGAUAUGAACCCCCAAAGGGUCCUAAGCGGCCAAAGAUGGUAAGUUGUGACUGCUGCCCCUGCUUUGGACGCCGCAAAAAGCUAAGGAAAUAUUCUAAACAAGGUGCAAAUGGUGAAGGUGCAAGCCUGCAAGGAUUGGACGACGACAAGGAACUACUGAUGUCUCAAAUGAAUUUUGAAAAGAAAUUUGGACAGUCAGCAAUUUUUGUUACCUCGACUUUAAUGGAGGAAGGUGGUGUACCUCCUUCUUCAAGUCCUGCAGCCCUGCUCAAAGAAGCCAUUCAUGUCAUUAGUUGUGGCUAUGAAGACAAGACUGAAUGGGGUACUGAGCUUGGCUGGAUUUAUGGUUCCAUUACGGAGGAUAUCCUGACAGGCUUUAAGAUGCAUUGUCGCGGCUGGAAGUCUAUCUACUGCAUGCCAAAGAGGCCAGCAUUUAAGGGGUCAGCUCCUAUCAACCUGUCAGAUCGGCUUAACCAGGUGCUCAGAUGGGCGCUUGGAUCUGUUGAAAUCUUCUUCAGUCGUCACAGCCCUGUCUGGUAUGGUUACAAGGGAGGAAACCUCAAGUGGCUUGAGCGUUUUGCAUAUAUCAACACAACAAUCUAUCCCUUCACCUCUCUCCCACUUCUCGCCUACUGUACUCUCCCUGCCGUCUGCUUGCUCACCGGAAAAUUCAUCAUGCCAUCGAUAGGCACUUUUGCAAGUCUCUACUUCAUUGGUCUCUUCCUCUCAAUCUUUGCGACGGGCAUUCUUGAAUUGAGGUGGAGCGGAGUGAGCAUCGAAGAAUGGUGGAGAAAUGAGCAGUUCUGGGUCAUCGGUGGCGUGUCUGCACAUCUCUUCGCCGUUGUGCAAGGCCUUCUCAAGAUUUUAGCAGGAAUAGACACCAACUUUACUGUCACAUCCAAAGCUUCCGAUGAUGAGGAUUUCGGAGAGCUAUAUGCAUUUAAAUGGACUACACUUCUUAUCCCUCCGACUACUCUCUUGGUCAUCAACCUUGUUGGAGUUGUUGCUGGGAUCUCUGAUGCCAUAAACAAUGGCUACCAAUCAUGGGGACCUCUGUUUGGAAAGCUCUUCUUUGCAUUUUGGGUCAUUGUCCAUCUCUACCCAUUCCUUAAAGGUCUAAUGGGUCGGCAGAACCGGACUCCCACCAUUGUCGUUAUAUGGUCAGUGCUUCUGGCUUCUAUCUUCUCCUUGCUUUGGGUCCGUAUUGAUCCGUUUAUCAUGAAAACCAAGGGACCUGACACUAGGAAAUGCGGAAUCAAUUGCUGAUAGCUUCAAUGAUCCUCCUUUUCUUGAUACAUGUAUGUUUCAAAUGCAUGUUGUACAUUUUAGUAUGUCUCAGAAAUGGUGUGUUAAACAGAAAAUGGAGUUGCUGAAGAAGGAAUAAAGCUAGAGUGAGGAUUUUUUGAUUCAUCACAAUGGAUUGUAUUCAGUUUUGUAUGUGAACCUAAAAAAAAGUUCUGCUUGAGAUAGUUUUUACACUUACUAAUUAAUUCUGGAGUUUGUGCUUCUCAAAA